AUGCCACCCAAACCCAUAAACUGGCGCAUGUAUAGCAAAAUGGCCGUGGCCGGUAUAACAUGUUGUGUUGGUGGUCCAGCCCUCAUUUAUUACAUCUCCCCUACAGAAGAAGAACUCUUCCUUAAAUAUAACCCAGAGUUACAAAAACGUAGUUUGGAGAAUCGCGUGGGGAAACAGGAGGAUUUUGAUAAUUUUGUUGCGAGGUUGAAGGAGUAUAGUAAGAGUGAUAGGCCGAUCUGGGUCGAAGCCGAAGAAGCCGCACGCAAAAAUCGCAGUGGAAAGAUUGAAGAACAGGCUAAAUUAAUGCAAGAGAUGCAACAGAGGAAAGAAGAAAUCAAGAAGAGUGGAACAAAGUUAAUGCCUGGUGGAAGUCUUUGA